AUGCUUCGACUACUGCGUCCCCAACGAGCUCUGCCUUCGUUGCUGCGACCUCUCUCGGUCGCCCGACCCCUGUCCACAACCAGCCGUCUGUGGCUCCACCAGCAGUCGACCGACGCCAAGAAGGACGACGAAAAGCUGCUGCCCGAAGACCGAAACCUGCGACGUUACGAGGGCCACACCUUUGAGCCGUUCACGCCCGAAAAGGUGCCCAAUGCACCUGUCACCGUGGACACGGAGCUGCCUAACAUUACCAGCCACAAGAUGCGCCGAUGGGCCGGAUUUGGUCUGUUUGUGGUCAUCAUGACCGUGUCUCUGGCCUUCUCCUUCAACUACGAGAAGAUGUCGUCUUCGCAGGUCUCAUCUUGCAUGUACACGCUCCGAAAGUCGCCCCUGGCCAACGAGGAGCUGGGCUCGGGUAUCCGAUUCGCCAGUGCCUACACCUGGGUGUCGGGAACCAUUCGUCCUCUUGUUGGAAAGGUGGACUUCUCCUUCCCCGUCAAGGGAAACAAGGCCGAGGCCAUCAUGCAUUUCAACUCGCGACGAGCCUCCGGCCGAGAAAAGUUCCGAGUGCUCGAGUGGUCUCUGACCUUCCCAGACGGACGAGUCGUCAACCUGGCCGACUCACUCAUUGAUCCCCUCAUCAUUGAUGAGGAGGAACAUCUUGUUAACUAG